GGACAAGCCGAAUAGCGUCUUCUUGCAGGUCACGGAAAGGGGCGAGUGAUGAUGAUUGGUGGGGUGGGGGACGAAUCUUCAUUCGGCUUGUCCCGGAAUAACACGAGUUGGUCACGAAUGGAAUGAACAGAAAGUAGGAUUUACCUGUUACGUGGGCAGGCCAGAGGCAUUCCAUCUGCUCGUUCUUCACGUUUUACCAGAGUCCCCUUCUUGGAAUCUGAAAUGCAUGCAUCGAACAAUCUAAAUGAGCAGUUGAAGGAUGGAAACUGACGACAACGUGCCACAAGAUGGCGCUGUGGCUAGGCCUUCUACAGAUACUGUAGCUGUCACAGAGGGAAGUCAGCAGCAGGGGAGACAACCCACUACAACAUCAACACCAGAUGGCGCUGUGGCUAGUCCUUCCACAGAUACUGUAGCUGCCACAGAGGGAAGACAGCAGCAGGGGGGACAACCCCCUACAACAUCGACACCAGAUGGCGCUGUGGCUAGUCCUUCCACAGAUACUGUAGCUGCCAAAGAGGGAAGACAGCAGCAGGGGGGACAACCCCCUACAACAUCGACACCAGAUGGCGCUGUGGCUAGGCCUUCCACAGAUACUAUAGCUGCCACAGAGGGAAGACAGCAGCAGGGGGGGCAACCCACUACAACAUCAACACCAGAUGGCGCUGUGGCUAGGCCUUCUACAGAUACUGUAGCUGCCACAGAGGGAAGACAGCAGCAGGGGGGACAACCCACUACAACAUCAACACUAGAUGGCGCUGUGGCUAGGCGUUCCACAGAUACUAUAGCUGCCACAGAGGGAAGUCAGCAACAGGGGGCACAAUCCAUUUCAACAACCACCCACAACUACAUAGAUUGUAAAGUUUCACAUUUUGACGUGUCCAACUCUCCUGGCAUGGCAGUCGGGGAUAGCAAACACCAAGGCUGUAUAUCUCAAGGGUGUCUGAGUGUCAGGAUCAACCAGCUCAGUGAUAUGUUUGUGGAAACCCAUGCUCUUGACAAAGCACAAGAACUUCUGAAAAGACACAACCACGUGGCCAUCUGCGGAGCCCCUGGAGACGGGAAAACUACUGCAGCUCUCAGAAUCUGUGAAGCAUAUAUGAAGAAAAAAUAUCAAGUAUUGUUUGUUGAAAGUAUUGAAGAGUUUGACAGUGAUGUUGUCAUUGAACGAAAAUGUGACAUGCUGGUUGUGUUUGAUGAUGUGUUUGGUUCUGUUACAUUUCCAAGCAGCUUGGAGAAGAUACACAGAGUAUUCAAUACCUUGGUUGAUGUUUUACUGCGCUUUGCAAGAGACAAGGAACUGACAGCCAAAGAAAAACAAACCAAGAAGAAACAUGACAAAAGUAUGAAGAAGGAAGAUGAGAAGCAAUGUGAAGAUGAAAAGACACCAGUGUGUAACUACAAGCUUCGCUUUAUAUUCACAUCGAGAAGCUACAACUGGAAUGAAGGAUGUGCAAGACUGCAUCAGUUCAAAGUUAAUCUGUUUAAGCGGGAAGCCAUUGUUGAUAUGAUCAAGACCUGUUUAACCAGUGACGAAAAGAAACGUAUCAUGGCAUUGUUCAGAAGCCAAAUGUGCGAUAUCUCAAGUAAGGAUAUGAAAACCAUUACUCAGUUAAAAGACAGCAUGUUUGGAUAUCCGUUGAUGUGUAAGCUGUACUUCACCAACUCAGGGUUACAGAUGCACAGUAUUGUGGACUUUUUCCUGAAACCAUUGACCUACCUGAGAUGUGACCUUGACACCAUUGUUCGUGAAGGCAGCAGUAGAUCGGCAGCUCUGGUUCUCCUCGUCCUGUGUGGAGGGAAGUUGGACCUUGUUUCCUUGAUGAUGGGGACAGACGAGAAGGUCAGAAAUCUGCUCCACAUUGUAAAGGAGAAGGUAGCAUCAUGCACUGAUGCAGACAUCAGCAGAGAGAUCAGCAACUUUAACGGCACCUACUGCAUAGUGGAAAAUCAUCUAGCCUCCUUCUCACAUCCAUCCAUCCACGAUGCAGCAUCUUGUGCCCUGGGCAAUCUCAACAUUGUGUUAUUAGUAAAGCAUUGUUCUCUGCAGUUUUUAUACGAAAGAGUUCGACUGAGCAAGACUGAUUCUCUGCAGACAACCCAAACUGAUGAUGUUACAAACAUGAUCCAGAUCACUUCCCAUCUUAACCCAUUACUGAUCAGCAGGCUGGUGGAGGGUAUCCGGGAAGGAUGCUUUAGAUGGACAGUAGGCCACCCUGUAUUCAGAAACGAUGAAUUCGCAUUAUUACUGAUGACGAAACUGGCCAAUGACUUGCCUCAUAUAGUUCACCAAAAGGACAGGACAUCUGGUGAAUGUUUUCUACAUUGGGUUUCCCUGUCAAAUAAUGAUUUGUUGUUCAAAAGGUCACUCUUACUAAUAAGUAAGAAUGGAAAUCUUUCACAUGAAAGUGUGAUAGACCUGAAUGACAGUGCCAUAGGUUGCGUGAAGGCUGGCAUUGUGAGGAACCUGCAACACAUUGUUGUGGUGCUAAAGAAGCAUGGGGAAUUUGAUGUAGACAGAAAGAUUCAGACAAACAAAACACAGCUCAUCAUUGCUGCAGAGGCUGGACACUUGGAUGUGUUCAACUUUCUAUUGCAAGAAGGAGCAAAUGUUUCAAUGAGGGACAGGGAAGGAAACAACUGCCUUCAUCAUGCAUGUCAAUGUGGAAACAAAGAUAUUGUCGAAGUUGUUGUUGAGAAGUUUCCAGGUAUGACUGAUGAUCCUGAUAGACUGGGAAACACAUCUGCAAUGUUGUGUGUGAUGUCAGGACACGAAGAGAUCCUGAAGGUCCUGGUGUCACACGGUGCUGAUCUGAAAGGGCGAGGUUAUAGGUAUUUACAUAUGGCAUGUGCAAGAGGUCAUAUAUCAAUCGUCAGAUAUUUGUUGUCUUAUGAAGAUAUCAACAUUAAUGAAAGAACAAUACAUGAAGAGACACCAGUCAUGAUGGCAGCUGAAGCCGGACACUCUGAUGUUUAUGACCAUCUUGUGUCAGAGGGAGCUGAUCUGUCAUUUACUGAUGACAGUGACAGAGACUGUCUGAUGUUGGCAUGUAAGGGAGGUAACAUGUCUAUAGUUAAGCAACUCCUGUCCUUGAAUACAUUCAACAUCAACAGGAAAGAUAGGUUGAACCGUACACCAGUCAUGUUGGCAGCUGAAGCCGGACACUCUGAUGUUUAUCACCUUCUUGUGUCAGAGGGAGCUGAUCUCUCACUUACUGAUUACAUGGACGGAGACUGUCUGAUGUUGGCAUGUGAGGGAGGUAACAUGUCUAUAGUUAAGCACCUCCUGUCCUUGAAAACAUUCAACAUCAACAGGAGAGAUAGUUCGGAGAGUACACCAGUCAUGAUGGCAGCUAAAGCCGGACAUUCUGAUGUUUAUCACCUUCUUGUGUCAGAGGGAGCCGAUCUGUCAUUUACUGAUUACAUGGACGGAGACUGUCUGAUGUUGGCGUGUGAGGGAGGUAACAUGUCUAUAGUUAAGCACCUCCUGUCCUUGAAAACAUUCAACAUCAACAGGAGAGAUAGCUUUGAGAGUACACCUCUCAUGAUUGCAGCUGAAGCCGAACACUCUGAUGUUUAUCACCUUCUUGUGUCAGAGGGAGCUGAUCUCUCACUUACUGAUGACAGGGACAGAGACUGUCUGAUGUUGGCAUGUGGGAGAGGUGACAUGUCUAUAGUUAAGCACCUCCUGUCCUUGAAAACAUUCAACAUCAACAGGAGAGAUAGCUUUGGGAGUACACCUCUCAUGAUUGCAGCUGAAGCCGGACACUCUGAUGUUUAUGACCUUCUUGUGUCAGAGGGAGCUGAUCUCUCACUUACUGAAGACAGGGACAGAGACUGUCUGAUGUUGGCAUGUGGGAGAGUUGACAUGUCUAUAGUUAAGCACCUCCUGUCCUUGAAAACAUUCAACAUCAACAGGAGAGAUAGCUUUGGGAGUACACCUCUCAUGAUGGCAGCUGAAGCCGGACACUCUGAUGUUUAUGACCUUCUUGUGUCAGAGGGAGCUGAUCUCUCACUUACUGAUGACUGAUGACAGGGACAGAGACUGUCUGAUGUUGGCAUGUGAGAGAGGUGACUUGUCUAUAGUUAAGCACCUCCUGUCCUUGAAAACAUUCAACAUCAACAGGAGAGAUAGCUUUGGGAAUACACCUCUCAUGAUUGCAGCUGAAGCCGAACACUCUGAUGUUUAUCACCUUCUUGUGUCAGAGGGAGCUGAUCUACCUGUAAUGGAGAUCACCUACGUGUAUAAAAGAACCUCUAAGCAUUGAAAAUGUUUGACAUAAAGAUGGGGAAUUGAGAAUGAAAUGUCAGGUAUGGUUGCAGAAAACCUACUGAUCUGUAUGUUCUCUAGACUUUAACCUUAUAUCUUUUAACUUAUCCUGCAUUACUACUUAAUGCAAUACCUGCUUACAUUUGACAGAAGUGAAGCUGUGUGUGUGGUCCAGCCAAAGAGAAAAAGUUGUUCCAACCAACCUGAUGCAGGACCAAAGCGCAGUACCCUGGUGGCCCCGGACGCGAUGAUGUCAAACAACUGCACAUUACUGCUUGUCACAGGACAGACAUGUUGCUUCAGUAAAUCGUCCAGUGUGAUCUUUUGUCUUUGGUGCCUUCUUGUUGUUCCAAUCCACCAUUUUGACUUUCUUUACGUGUUUUCGUGGCAUAUAUCGCUCAGUGUGGCUUGGUAUUGUUACAUGUUAAAUUCAUUUAGGCUCAAAUACCGUGUUUUACACUUUCUUAUUGUACUGUUUAAUCUAUAUUACACUUUGUGUUUAUUCCAUUAACUUGGAUAAUCUCGGAUCAUUCUGUCUUCAGGUUCAAUUUAUGAUUGCUCAUGGUAUCAGUUGCCUUGGUAAAGAAUCUUUAACACAUCCUCACCCACAUUGCCUUAAGUAUGCGCAUAUUUGUACUAUUGAUUUGAUGUGUGAUUUUUGUACGCCCUUUCAAACUUUCACAGGUAUCAUGAGGUCUCAUGUCUUGCUCAGCAGGCCCAGUGGCAUUCCAGGAGAUUGUCAGAAGGUGAUCUGUUCUCAAUAUCUUGUAUGGCCACCAUUAGAGUCUAGAACUGACCGGCAUCAUCUUCCCAUGGAAACAAUCAGAUCCCGAAUUGUGGCCUGGGGAAUGUUCACAUGCAAAUAAAAACCCAACGUGUUUAUAGCCCAACAAGUGAUGUUGCAUGUGCAUGUCAUGCUGCUGUGUUUCGGCGAUUGUGUUUGUUGUUUGUCGCCAGUCUGCAAUAUUCCAGCUGUACGAUGGUGGCUUUAUGGGGAAAUCUGUCUCCACGCAGAUCGUAGACAUCUACCGUUUCCAUGAAUCCCAUGAUUAUGAGUGUGGCGCUGUCAAAUUAAGGAUCACUAUCUGAAUAGAAUUGUGUAAUUGAAUCAUCCAAGCAUGGAUAUUAUCCCAAACUUGAUUUUUAAAUGAUGCCCUUUGUGCCAACUGGCAAUGAAUUUGACUGCAUUACAAUACCAUUUGUAUCCAGAGGUUACACAAUUUUGUUGAAAAUUACAAUAAUUUAAUAGGUACAGCAAAACCCUAUUGUUAUCCCCUGCCACAAAGUGCCAUAUUUCUUCACCAAACUUGGCACAUAAUGUCAUCUCACAGCAUUGAAUACAUUUCCUUUCUUGUUGGUAAGUUCUGGAUUGCUUGAGUGUAGGUUACUCCAAAAGUGUCAUGGACACAGUUGUUGCAUUCACUGACUAAUUUCAUGCAGAAACACAACGCAUUACAAAUACAACAGUGUAAUUGAUCUUAAACCUAAUCAACUGUAUAUAUUCUUGUCAACCAUACUCUGUACUUCACUUGCUUGAUAACGGUGUUAGAACCUACACCGAAACCAUCGCUCCUAAUUGUAAUAAAGAAGUUGU